AUGUUUUCAUGUUUAUUCUAAGACAAGUAGAUUAGAGUAAUAAUGAUCGGAUUAGAUGGAGUUGGGAAAACAUCUAUACUGCAUAGACUAAAAUUAUAGGAGGAGUUAAAAUCCACUAUCCCAACCAUCGGAUUUAAUAUUGAAACAAUCGAUUAUACAAAUAUUUAAUUUACAUUCUUUGAUAUAGGAGGUGUAGAUAAAAUAAGGCUACUGAUGCACAGGAAUCAUUUUAUCAUAGAUUAAUCUGAUCCGAACGAUUGGCAGAAGAAAAAAAAAGAAUUAAUGAGAUUUCUUAAUGAAAUGAAACAAAAGGUUCUCCCUUAUUGGUUUAAGCUAAUAAACUAGAUAUUGCUAGAUUUAUUAUUGAGGAAUUAAAGCAGUUUUUGGAGCUUCAACAUAAUGAAAGAAAAUUUUAUAUAUAACCGUGCUCGGCUAAGGUUGGAGAGGAAUAGUAUGAAGGUUUAAGCUGGUUAGCUACAAUAUAUAUAUGUUUAAAAUCUUAUAUUAAUUUCUACACUUCAUCGACGUUAAAGGUACUCAAGAUAAUUCAAUUUAAGAAAAUUAUGA